ACAGUAGCUACGGAAGGCCAUGUUGGAAUGUAAAGAAACUGGCGUUGUCAUCCUGGUUAGCCGCCAAUCAACGGCCUACAGACACCAACAGACGCGUCUGACAUCCAAUCCCCAACCAACAAAGGCGGGCCAGGCAGGGAGGUCUUCACGACGUUUUGCGACAGUGCCGUACGCCAAUACGUCUUCGUUACCGACUGAAGUGCGUCUCUUUGGAGCAAAUACCGGCUGAGGGGAAACGCAGCAACAAGAGAACGGAUUAUAAUUUUAGCACGUUUUCCACCCGGACUCCUUGCGUCUACCGCCGGCACCUCAACUAUUAACUAAAAGGCUCGAUGUGGAAGCUGGGUUAAAGAUUAAAAACAGCCACGCUGGGGAAGGCAACUAGCUGAAUUACCAAAGCGAGCUCGUUGGAGUAGCUUUAGUUGCCUCCCAAAGCGACGCUUUAAAAGGAAGGAGCAGAUCUAUUCAGGCCGAAGAGUUGUGAAAAUGGACUAUGAUUUUAAAGUCAAGCUGACCGGCGAAAGAGAACGAGUCGAGGACCUGUUCGAGUAUGAAGGAUGCAAAGUGGGCAGAGGCACCUACGGUCAUGUGUACAAAGCCAAGAGAAAAGAUGGGAAGGAUGAUAAGGACUACGCCCUUAAGCAGAUUGAAGGCACUGGCAUCUCCAUGUCAGCCUGCAGAGAGAUUGCACUGCUGCGGGAGCUGAAGCAUCCCAACGUCAUCUCACUGCAGAAGGUUUUCUUGUCACACGCAGACCGUAAAGUAUGGCUGCUCUUUGACUACGCAGAACACGAUCUCUGGCACAUUAUUAAAUUUCACAGAGCAUCCAAGGCUAACAAGAAGCCACUGCAGUUGCCUAGAGGAAUGGUGAAGUCUCUGCUCUACCAGAUCCUGGAUGGCAUCCAUUACCUCCAUGCCAACUGGGUUCUCCACAGAGACCUUAAACCAGCCAACAUUUUAGUGAUGGGUGAAGGGCCAGAGAGGGGUAGAGUAAAAAUUGCUGACAUGGGGUUUGCCCGUCUAUUUAAUUCACCACUGAAGCCUUUAGCCGAUCUCGACCCUGUGGUGGUCACUUUCUGGUACAGAGCACCUGAACUGCUGCUGGGGGCUCGGCAUUAUACCAAAGCCAUUGACAUCUGGGCGAUAGGCUGCAUCUUUGCAGAGCUGCUGACGUCGGAGCCCAUAUUCCAUUGUCGCCAGGAAGAUAUCAAGACCAGUAAUCCUUACCACCAUGACCAACUGGACCGCAUCUUUAAUGUCAUGGGCUUCCCUGCUGAUAAAGACUGGGAGGAUAUCAAAAAGAUGCCAGAACACUCAACGCUGAUGAAAGAUUUCAGGAGAAACACGUACACAAACUGCAGCCUUAUUAAGUACAUGGAAAAACAUAAAGUCAAACCUGACAGCAAAGCAUUCCACUUGCUGCAGAAGCUGUUGACAAUGGACCCCAUCCGUAGAAUCACAUCUGAGCAGGCCAUGCAGGACCCUUACUUUCUGGAGGAGCCAUUGCCUACGUCUGAUGUUUUUGCAGGCUGUCAGAUCCCAUACCCCAAAAGAGAGUUCCUGACAGAGGAGGAACCAGAGGACAAGGCCGACAAAAAGAACCAGCAGCAGCAACAGGGAAACAACCACACAAAUGGAGCGGGGCACACAGGCAACCCUGACAACAGUCAUGCCCAGGGUCCGCCUCUGAAAAAAGUACGAGUUGUUCCGCCCACCACUACCUCAGGUGGCCUCAUCAUGACCUCAGACUACCAGCGCUCCAAUCCACAUGCUGCCUACCAGAACCCUGGACCAAGCACAUCACUGCCCCAAAGCAGCAUGGGAUAUUCCUCUACCUCCCAGCAACCGCCCCAGUACUCCCAUCAGACCCAUCGCUACUGAAACAUACCACCAACACUUACACAACGCACACUUACGACCCCCAUACUCAGUCCUCACCACGCCCACCUGAACGAAUGUACUGAGGGAAUAUGGGGGAGAAAACAAAUCCCACCCACACCCCUUCUCAGAGGGCACUUUGUCUGCAGCAGUCUGUCAGAGCAGAAGGACAAUAAUCUUCAAUCCUCACCACGACCCCCAGUAUUAGAAACAUCACUAAAAGCCAACAGGUGACACAUGAGGCGGGAGGGAGGCUGAGGGGGAGAAGAAAGCUGCGACUUCGACUGUUCACGUGUGAUCGGACCAGCCCGGAGAAGAUGGGCUGGAUUUGAGGAGCACGUGGUGAUCACACGGUGUCAUCUCCUCACCUUUUCACGUCUUCUUCAUCUGUCCCACGCAUUCACCAACAUCCUGUCCCAACUACUUACCCUCUUCCUGUCAAAGCUUGGAUGAGACUGAAAGCUGCUAUUUGACUGCCAGCGUUGACAGAUUCCUUGUCCUCCUGUUUGUCUGUCUAUUUUGUGUGUGUGUGUGUGUGUGUGUGUGUGUGAAGGAUGGAGGGAAUGAGAGCGUGUGUGUGUGGCCCCAUGAGGGCCUCAGCUGAGGACUGACCUGAGCUGCUGUGAAGCAUGCUGGGAGGAAAUGGAGACCUUACAGCUGUGGCAUUGAGGGUUUUCUUUGUUGUUCGUUUCGUUCCGACUUUAAAAAGAUGACAAAAAAGAUUUUAGUAGUUUUUAAUUUAAUCGGUUUUCAUGGUUUUGUUUUCAUGGAACGAAUGGCACAGCAGCUCGCUGCCCCAACACUCAGCUGCUCAACGCUUUUGGGCGAGCCUUACAUCCUGACGACACAAACCAACCACUGGCAUGGAGGAUGGCAGAUGGAUCAUGCAUUGUACUGUAUUGUAUUGAAAUAUUUUACAUGAAUCAAAUAUCCUGACAAUAAAAUGGAAACCUUGACAUUGUUGAUA